UGGUCCGUCGUUUCCCUUACCGACCAAGAAAAGAAGGUUUAAAAGCCCAAACCCGAUAGGAAGAAAGGCUUUAAUUGCUACUAUCCCUAUCUUCUUCUUCAGUCCCAAAAUCAAUUAGUCGGCACAACGCAAAUCUACAGAAGUUCAAUCGGCAAAAAUGGCGUCAGCUGAUGUGGAGAAGAGCAGGAGGGAGAUUGAGAGAGAGGAGAGCUGUUCGGCGAAAGCAACGAAGCAAGGGGAAGGGCUGAGACAGUACUAUAUGCAGCACAUCCACGAUCUCCAGCUCCAAGUCCGCCAAAAGACUCAUAACCUCAAUCGCCUUGAAGCCCAGCGUAACGAGCUCAAUUCUAAAGUCAGAAUGCUCAAAGAGGAAUUACAAUUGCUUCAGGAGCCUGGAUCAUAUGUUGGUGAAGUUGUUAAAGUAAUGGGAAAGUCAAAGGUUCUUGUUAAAGUUCAUCCUGAAGGCAAAUAUGUUGUUGAUAUUGACAAAAGUAUUGACAUUACGAAGAUCACUCCAUCAACUAGAGUUGCCCUGCGCAAUGAUAGCUAUGUCCUCCAUCUUAUUUUACCCAGCAAAGUAGAUCCAUUAGUCAACCUCAUGAAAGUUGAGAAAGUGCCAGAUUCCACUUAUGACAUGAUUGGUGGUCUGGACCAGCAGAUCAAAGAGAUUAAAGAGGUUAUUGAGCUUCCCAUUAAGCAUCCUGAGUUGUUCGAGUCUCUUGGAAUAGCUCAACCAAAGGGAGUGCUGCUCUAUGGGCCUCCAGGAACCGGGAAAACAUUGUUGGCGAGGGCAGUUGCACAUCACACUGAUUGUACCUUCAUUAGGGUCUCUGGUUCCGAACUAGUGCAGAAAUAUAUUGGAGAAGGUUCUCGAAUGGUGAGAGAACUUUUUGUUAUGGCCAGGGAACAUGCCCCUUCCAUCAUUUUUAUGGAUGAGAUAGACAGCAUUGGAUCUGCUAGGAUGGAAUCAGGGAGUGGCAAUGGUGAUAGCGAAGUGCAAAGGACAAUGCUCGAACUUUUGAAUCAGCUUGAUGGAUUUGAGGCAUCAAACAAAAUUAAGGUUCUAAUGGCCACAAACCGUAUAGAUAUUCUAGAUCAAGCACUCCUUAGACCAGGAAGGAUUGACAGAAAGAUUGAAUUUCCAAAUCCGAAUGAAGAGUCUCGAUUGGACAUUUUGAAGAUUCAUUCGAGGAAGAUGAACUUGAUGCGAGGGAUUGAUUUGAAGAAGAUUGCUGAGAAGAUGAAUGGUGCUUCUGGGGCUGAACUUAAGGCUGUAUGUACAGAAGCAGGGAUGUUUGCUCUAAGGGAGAGAAGGGUGCACGUGACUCAAGAAGACUUUGAGAUGGCUGUCGCCAAAGUAAUGAAGAAAGAGACGGAGAAGAACAUGUCACUGCGAAAGCUGUGGAAGUAGAUGAUGACCAACACGAAUGGCAUUAUCUAGUUGUGGACAUUAGACACAUAAACACUUUGCUCAAUUGAUCGUCUAGAAUUACAGUACCAGUAACUUGUUGUCCUUGGAUCUUUUAUUUUACUCAAGGCGCUUAAGACUUCCUUCAGUAUUUUGACGGGACUCUCACUUUCAUAUCUUCGGCUGUUUUUCUCAUGUGUAGCUGUCAUUCAAAAUUAUUAAAUUCAGAAAAUUCCUUCUGUUUAUUCGCACA